GCCAUUGGCUGGGACACUGCCUGUAUGAUCAAACAAAGCUCAAGGGCGUGGCUUUGCCUUGUCACCAGGAGGGUAUAUAUAGGGAGGGUAAGAGCUCUGGGACAUACCACUGGGAAGCUUCAAUGUUGCUGUGGAAGUCUGCACUCUACAAGAGCCUGCUAUAGACAUUCUACAACCAACCACAAUCAUGGAACAGCCAACUUCAAGCACCAAUGGGGAAAAGAGGAAGAGCCCCUGUGAAUCCAACAACAACAAAAAUGAUGAGAUGCAGGAGACACCAAACAGGGACUUAGCCCCCAAACAGAGUUUGAAAAAGACAAAAACAUCAGAAUAUCCAACAUUAUUAAUGUUUCCCUACAAGAAGUUUAAGAAAAUAAGUUCAAGUCAAGUGGAGAAUUACCAGUCCCCAGGGAACACCAUCUAUCCAAUUCAAGAGGAGGAGGAGGAAGACCUAGAUUCAUUUGAAGGAUCUUCACAGGAGGGUGGGGAGGACUAGUCUCACAUGGAGAAACCAAAUUGGUCAAAUCCUCACCACCGAUGGCAAUGAUUACAAUAAAAUCAAGUUGGAGGAGCUGAUGAUUGUGUAUAUCUCUGCCUGUUUUCUGAAGGUGGUGAAGAAAGGAAGGGAAGAUGUAGGCAUUUCAGAAGGGAGGGAUAUGAGAUCCUGUAGGGUUGGUGGACAGAUCCACAUGUUGACAGUUAGCCCCACAUUGUAAA